AUGCAGCUAGUCACACAUAAAGAUUGUCUCACACAGAUUGCUGCUCUCAGGCCUGUGUCAGUGUUGAGGAUAUUGCCACCACGGUCGAUCGAAGUCGUCGACGCCGUUGAAGAGUCGUUGGUCGGACUCGAUAAACCGGAGGCCGUGUCAGCCGAUGACGACAAAGCAGACCGGCUACAAGGAGCGGCGGUGCCCAAACGCACCAGGCGCAGGCAUGCGGACUUCAGAAGCCGGCUUUUUAAAGUUGGCCAUAGGUGGUGCUGUUGGUGUGGUGCACCGACAGCGGGUUAA